UUCUUAUUAUUUUCAUGUUUUUAAAAAGAUCAUUUCAUUUAACUAAAAAACGCUUUUAUCAUCCUCGUCUUCAUAAAAAGAAUGUGUUGAUAACAGGAGCUUCAGCUGGUAUUGGGGAAGCGUGUGCUCGAGAAUUUGCUAAACAAGGAUCUAAUCUGAUUCUAGCAGCCCGACGAGCAGAUAGACUUGAGUCAUUAAAGAAUGAACUCUCAAACAAGCAUCAAGAUAUUCAUAUUCACACCAUGUCCCUUGAUGUACGCAAAAAGAAACAUAUUGAUGAAGCCUUUUCAAAAUUAGAAUGGAAAGAUGACAUUGAUGUAUUGGUCAAUAAUGCAGGACUUGUGAUUGGUUUAGAUCAUUUAAUAGACGUGAGCGAAGAAGCCUUUGAUACCAUGUUUGAGACCAAUGUGAAAGGAUUGGUGUAUGUGACUCAAGCAGUAUUACAUGGUAUGAAAGCAAACGGAAAAGGACAUAUCAUCAAUAUUGGGUCUGUUGCUGGAAAAGAAAGUUAUCCUGGUGGGAGUAUUUAUUGUGGUACCAAGCAUGCAGUCGAUGCAAUCACUCGCUCUUUAUUGUUUGAAUUGAUGGAUACACCUAUUCGCGUUAGCCAAAUCUGUCCGGGUAUGGUAAACACAGAGUUCUCUACUGUUCGAUUUCAUGGAGACAAACAAAAAGCAGACAAUGUCUAUAAGGGUGUAGAGCCACUUGUUGGUCAAGAUAUUGCUGAACUUGUUACAUUCACAGCUUCAAGACCACCUCAUGUUAAUAUAUGCGAUAUGCUAGUAUUUCCCACUGCACAAGCUGCCGCUACUACAGUGUACAGAAAGCCUACCAAGCUAUAAAUAAAUAUAAAGGAAUAACCCAUCACAAUAAAACUCAAUUUGAACCAAUCCUUUA